CUGUUUGUGUGUCAUCUGUUGCCACCUGUUAAAUGUCAAGAUGACUAAGCUUGGAUUUUUGCGGUUGUCCUAUGAGAAGCAGGACACACUUCUGAAGCUUCUCAUUCUGUCAAUGGCUGCUGUGUUAUCUUUCUCCACUCGUCUCUUUGCUGUCCUGAGAUUUGAAAGUGUUAUCCACGAGUUUGAUCCGUACUUUAAUUAUCGGACUACCCGGUUCCUUGCUGAGGAGGGAUUUUAUAAAUUCCAUAACUGGUUUGAUGACCGGGCCUGGUACCCUUUGGGACGGAUCAUUGGAGGAACAAUUUACCCAGGCUUAAUGAUCACCUCUGCUGCAAUCUACCAUGUUCUUCAUUUUUUCCACAUCACCAUUGACAUUCGGAAUGUCUGUGUGUUCCUGGCCCCACUCUUCUCCUCCUUCACCACCAUCGUCACGUACCACCUUACCAAAGAGCUCAAGGACGCAGGGGCUGGGCUUCUUGCUGCUGCCAUGAUUGCUGUAGUUCCUGGAUAUAUCUCCCGAUCUGUGGCUGGCUCUUAUGAUAAUGAAGGGAUUGCCAUCUUUUGCAUGCUACUCACCUACUACAUGUGGAUCAAGGCAGUAAAGACUGGUUCCAUCUACUGGGCAGCCAAGUGUGCUCUCGCUUAUUUCUACAUGGUCUCUUCCUGGGGAGGUUAUGUGUUCCUGAUCAACUUGAUCCCUCUCCAUGUCUUGGUGCUGAUGCUCACAGGCCGUUUCUCCCACCGGAUCUACGUGGCCUACUGCACUGUUUACUGCCUGGGCACCAUUCUUUCCAUGCAGAUCUCCUUUGUGGGUUUCCAGCCUGUCCUUUCAUCAGAACACAUGGCAGCCUUUGGAGUCUUUGGUCUCUGCCAGAUUCAUGCAUUUGUGGAUUACCUGCGCAGCAAGUUGAAUCCACAGCAGUUUGAAGUUCUUUUCCGGAGUGUCAUCUCCCUGGUAGGGUUUGUCCUACUCACUGUUGGAGCGCUUCUCAUGCUUACAGGAAAAAUAUCUCCGUGGACAGGACGUUUCUAUUCAUUGUUGGAUCCUUCUUAUGCUAAGAACAACAUUCCCAUCAUUGCUUCUGUGUCUGAGCAUCAGCCCACCACCUGGUCCUCCUACUAUUUUGAUCUGCAGCUCCUUGUCUUCAUGUUUCCAGUUGGACUCUAUUACUGCUUUAGUAACCUGUCUGAUGCCCGGAUUUUUAUCAUCAUGUAUGGUGUGACCAGCAUGUACUUCUCAGCUGUAAUGGUGCGUCUCAUGCUAGUGUUGGCACCUGUUAUGUGCAUUCUUUCUGGCAUUGGAGUCUCCCAGGUGCUCUCCACAUACAUGAAGAAUCUGGACAUAAGUCGCCCAGACAAGAAGAGCAAGAAGCAGCAGGACUCUACUUACCCUAUCAAGAAUGAAGUGGCAAGUGGAAUGAUACUGGUCAUGGCUUUCUUUCUCAUCACCUACACCUUUCAUUCAACUUGGGUGACCAGUGAGGCCUACUCUUCUCCCUCCAUUGUGUUAUCUGCCCGGGGUGGGGAUGGCAGUAGGAUCAUUUUUGAUGACUUUCGAGAAGCAUAUUACUGGCUUCGUCACAAUACUCCAGAGGACGCAAAAGUUAUGUCAUGGUGGGAUUAUGGCUAUCAGAUUACAGCUAUGGCAAAUCGGACAAUUCUAGUGGACAAUAACACAUGGAAUAAUACCCAUAUUUCUCGAGUAGGGCAGGCAAUGGCAUCCACGGAAGAAAAAGCCUAUGAGAUCAUGAGGGAGCUUGAUGUCAGCUAUGUGCUAGUCAUCUUUGGAGGCCUCACUGGGUAUUCCUCUGAUGAUAUCAACAAAUUUCUUUGGAUGGUCCGGAUUGGAGGAAGCACAGACACAGGCAAACAUAUCAAGGAAAAUGACUAUUAUACUCCAACUGGAGAAUUCCGUGUGGACCGUGAGGGUUCUCCAGUGUUGCUCAACUGCCUCAUGUAUAAGAUGUGUUACUACCGCUUUGGGCAGGUCUACACAGAAGCCAAGCGUCCACCAGGCUUUGACCGUGUCCGAAAUGCUGAGAUUGGGAAUAAAGACUUUGAGCUUGAUGUCCUGGAGGAAGCAUAUACUACAGAGCACUGGUUGGUCAGGAUAUAUAAGCUCAGACACUGGUUCUGAAGCCCUUGCCAAAUAGACAAAUCAGAAGGAGAAGCACUGCCAUUAGCAAGUACCUGGAGAGCACUGCCAACCUGAGUCUAAGAAAAGAGAAACUUCUAGCAAAUUUUAACUCCAAACACUAAGGUCCCAUAACUAUUUGAUUGGACAAAGAGCUUUCAGUUGAGUACAGUAGGAGAUUUUAUGUAUUUUAUAAUUAAGACAUGUCACUGAUGUAUAUAAGCCGUAAGUCUUAAAAAAUAUAAGGAAAAAAAAAUAAGACAACUGUGUAGUAUCUAUUUAAAAAAACAGGAGGAAUUUGAUGGCUUUAGGUAAGUCAGAAUGGUACUCCUAAAGGUCUGCUUGGAUAUACUUCUAUACCUAGGGAAUUUCAUCUUCUAAGGCAAUUUAUAUACCAUGUAUGUAAUUCAAUUGUGGUUGAUACUUAGAUUUAAUGUAAGAUUUAAUUUACUGUAUUUAAACAUAUUACUUGCUGGCGCAUUCCCCUGUAAUCCCAGCACUUGGGAAUCUGAGGCAGUAGGAUUGCCUCCUGAGAACAGGCCAGGGACUACAUAGUGAGUUUGAGGCCAUCCUGAACUAUGUAGUAAGAUCCCAAUCUCCAAAACAAAACAAACAUCUAUCUAUAUCUCUGUCUAUAUCUGUAUGAGCUUGAUUUAUAUAUAGAAUUAUUCCCUAGAAGAGGUUAUUCUGAGUUUUAUUUAUCAAUAUGGUUAACACUUGAGAUCUUAGUAAAAUUCCUCUGUAGUAAUGGAAUAUUUAAUUUGUAACUAUAAUUGUGGCUCUUAGGAAUUUAGUUUUGUUACUUUCUAGACUACAUGAAACUAUCUGUUUGGUUUGGUUUUUUGAGAUUGGAUUAUGUAGUCCAGGCUGAUUUUGAACUCACUGUUAGUCUAGGAUGGCCUAAAACAUGGAAUCCUCCUGCCUCAGCCUCCUAAGUGGUAA